AUACACUAGACAAAAUGUUCAGUUUAGUAACUUUCUUAUCUCUCUUUAGUUUUUGUUUGUUCCCUGGAUCACAAGGGGAUACAUGUUGUGCAGCAACUCCAAAAAACACUUAUUAUUUAGGAGACAAACAGGUAAAUUGGGCUAACGCUAUUACAGUAUGUCAAGUCGUUGGAAUGUCAUUAGUUAGUAUCCAGAGUAAAGUUAAGAAUGACGAAAUCCGUAAAUUUUUACAAACGACAGGAGUGAAUUACACAUCAUUCGACAACGGCAUAUGGACUUCAGGAAAUAGACUUCAGGACAAAGUUCACUGGCUGUGGUUAGCUCAAGAACCUCCUGUGUACACUAACUGGGAUACUCUCUUUCAUGAACCAAACAAUGCUACUGGAGACGAAGAAUGCAUACAAGUAAUUAAUAACGGAACAAGUACCAAUUGGAACGAUAUCGCUUGUAAGCGCCUUUUUUAUCCUUUAUGUGAGAAGCAGAUUUGUUGUUCUGGUUGCAAUUGUGGUUGUUCUAAAAUUUGAUUGUUUUAUUCAAAUAAUGUUAUAGUAAUAUAAAUCACUUUUUGGUA